CAGGGAUCUCAUUCCCAAAAUUUCAGAUUUUGGCUUAGCAAGGAUUUUCGGAGGUGAUCAAACUUUUGCAAAAACGAAGAGAGUAAUUGGUACAUAUGGCUAUAUGUCUCCAGAGUACGCGAUUGAUGAAAAAUUCUCUGUGAAGUCCGAUAUCUUCAGCCUGGGUGUGCUUAUGUUAGAGAUAGUUAGUGGCAAAAGAAACAGAGGUUUUCAUCAUCCAGAUCACCACCACAACCUUCUGGGGCAUGCUUGGUUGCUAUGGAAACAAGACAGGGCUUUGGAGCUAAUGGGUGCAUGCCUGAGGAACUCAUGUGUGGAGUCUCAAGUGCAGAGGUGUAUCCAAGUGGGACUAUUGUGUGUUCAACAGCAUCCACAAGACAGGCCAACAGUGUCAUCCAUAGUUUUUAUGAUGGGUAGCGAGGAAUCAAUGUUGCCUAAACCUAAACAGCCUGGUUUUUUCUCAGGAAGGAGUUCCAAGGGUACUAAGGAAGCUGACAGCUUGAGCAAGUUACUGGAGCAGUGUAUUAUGGUGCCAAAUAGAAAACAGUCUCUUCUCUCCGCUCUUAACAUAAUAGGUUCGUUAUGGGGGUGUUAAAAUUUAAUUCGACUUGUCAAUACGACAUAAAUACGAUACGAAAUU